AUGGAAAAAGGUUUCCCUUCUCAUUAUGACGCCGUUCUCUACGAAUGCUCCUGUGGUAGUUAUGAAAAAUAUUCAAAAUUGUUAUUUUGUUGUGAAUGCAGAAAAUUUGCAUGUGAGGGAUGUUGUAAAGAAUCACUAGAUACAACAUUUUGUCCAUUUUGUUUUGAAUGUUCAACACUAGGUGAAUUUAACUCUAAAAAAAAUAGAUGUUUUAAUUGCCGAUUGUGUCCUCUUUGUUUUAGUUAUCUUGUUAUUAAAUCAACAAAUGAAGAUAAAUCUUACUUCAAAUGUAACUCUUGUUUUUGGACUUCAAGGGAGAGUGGUUUAUCAGAUAGAACAAAUCAUCGUAGUUAUCCUGAUUUUGACAAUAAAGAAAUGGAAGAUGAAGUUGCAUCUCUCUCAGAGUAUUUAAAAAAACUUGCUAAUAUUGUUAAAAAAUCAGAAAAAAUAAGAAGUAUAAAAAAGAAAGAAAAUUUUUCAAAUAACAAAUAUCAACUUCAACGAUCAUAUGAACAAAAAUUAAAAAAAACAAAGUUUGAAGAUGAAAUUCAAGUACCAACUGUUGUUAGUGUAUCAGAUAUACCAGAAAUAGAUGAAUCGUAUAUAAUGGAGGAUGUACAAGGAAAAUUGUUACCUACACUAGAUCAAAAAAUAGAACAAUAUGGAUUAGGUUUGGGGAAACUUCAACCUAUUCCAGCUUAUAAUGUAUGUAAAAAGACUUAUAGAUGUUUAACAGGAGAUCAUUUACUUUGUCGAUUAGAAUAUUCAUUAUCUACUGUGAAAUUUAAAAUUUUCAGUACUGCGUGGACAUUUUUGCCACAAAUAAAAGUAGUACCUAAAGGUUUCAAUCAUACAAAUGAAUGGAAUAAUUUAAUGUUAGUUGUUAAAAAUAGUUCUGCAUCUGUUGUUCGUGUAAAAUUGCUUCCUUUACGAAAUGAUGAUUCAUGUUAUGUGGAAUGUUUUGAUCCGGAUGUAGAAUUUACGUUAACAGCUAAAGAUGAUGCUUUUGAAAUAGAUGAGUCGUUUUCACUUUUUUUUAAUGAACAACGUCAAGAAGACAAUCCAUUGACUUUUCGUAAAGGUUGUCGAGCAGGUUUGAAUUUCAAGGUGAAACCUAAAGUAGAUGGUGACAGUAGUUUUUUUAAUAUGAAGGUUAAAUUUAGCCCUAUUCAUAAGAAUGAUGAUGGACGAGAUAGUAUAUGUCAUAUAUUAUUUAAUUAUCGGUUGGCAGAAACUUUAAAAUCUUUAGAUCAUGAUGUUUUUUUAUGGACACAAAUGGAAAUGAAUAUGGUUGUUAAGAAUGUUUUAGGAAAACCAGAAGGUGUAAAUGAAAUAAAAAUUCCCAUAACUUUUAAAGAUAAACUUAAAAUUGAGGGAUUAAAAGUUUUUCAAUCUAUGAUGUUUAAUAAAGAUGAUGCAUAUGAUUUAUGGUGGACUGGGCAAGAAUUUAAAGAAAUGAGAUUAGAAUCAUGUGAACAGAUGCUUAAUAUUGGUAAUGAAACAUUAUUAAAAUUAAAAAAUGAAAAUUUUGAUAUUGCAAUUGGUCAUUUUCAUGAUUUAUGUCCUUUGGCUUUAGCGAAAACAGUAAAUGUUAAAAAAUUAAUUUGGGUAACUCAUGGAACUUCAGUUUAUGAUUUUGCUGCUAUACAAAUGGGUUUAAGAACAUUUCCAGCCUCAAUUUCUCAUCCUCUAAGUUCUUAUUCUGAUGAGAUGUCUUUCUAUGAAAGAAUAAUAAAUUUAUUUUGGCAUUUAAGUACACUUGAUUUUGUAAAUUUGCCACAAAAUUUACUAUACGAAGAAAAUUUUAUGUACAAAAAAAGAAAAGAAUACAAAGAUAAUGAAGAUCUUUGGGAUCUUAGUAAAAAUGUUCCAAUAUUAUUUAUAAAUGGAGAAAGAUUUUUAGAUUUCCCCAGACCUUUUCCUCUUGGAAUUACUUUUAUGGGAGAAGUGGGAAAAAAAAGUUCUUCAAAAAACUUACCAGAAGAAAUUGAAGCAAUUAUUAAGAAAGCUAAUAAAGGAAUUAUUCUUUUUUCACUUGGUACUGUUUCAAAUACAACAAAUAUGCCAAAACAAAUGAUUCAUUCAUUUGUAGAGGGAUUUGGCCAAUUUCCUGAAUAUCAAAUUUUAUGGAGAAUGGAAAUGAAUAUACCAGAAGCAAGUAAAUAUGAAAAUAUUAAUUUAUUAAAAUGGUUACCACAAAAAGCUUUAAUGAAACAUCCAAAAACAAAAUUAUUAAUUGCACAUGGAGGUUAUAAUUCUUUUCUAGAAGCUUCUCAAACUGGUGUUCCUGUUAUUUUAAUGCCAUUAUUUGCUGAUCAAUUUAUAAAUGCAAAGAGAGCACAACGAUUUGGUAUAGCUGAAGUAUUAGAUAAAUUGUCAUUAACACCGGAAAAAGUUUCAUAUGCUAUGAAUAAAGUUUUAAAAGAUCCAAUUUAUUCUAUUAAUGCUAAAAAAUUGUCUUUAAUGUUAAAUGAUAAGCCUUCAAAUGAUAGCUAUGCUAUACUAAGACAUCGGAUAAAAUUGGCUGUUUCCAAUCGUCCAUUAUUUAUGUUGCAGAGCUCACAAAAGCUAAACUUUAUACAAUUUUAUAACUUAGAUCAAAUUCUUAUAUUAGUUGGAACUUUCAUUAUACUAUCAUUAUAA